AACGAUUGCCAACUAGCAUUGAUAUGUCCAACCCAGCCUUUACAGAGUCCCUGGUGUUACAACGUAUUCGAGCACUAGGUGUAGAUGACUCAAGCCACAAAGGUCAAUGUCAGGAACAGGAGGACUUUCAAGACAAUGUUGUCCAACAAAGUUUCGAAGCCAAGAAAAGUGUCUUUAUGAAACCCAACAAUGCCAAAACUGACGAACCUGACUGUACUACCCACAACAAUAGUGAUACUCUUACUAUUGAACGCGUUCGGUCUCAGCAACCUUCAUCGGGAGAUGGAAAGAGUAGCAAGGAUAUAGCGUCAAGUAUUCGGGUGUUCGAGUCCAAAGGCCAAGUAGAUUCAGUUCUUGAUAAAAGUAUCAUAGUGAAUGAUAUAAGAAAAACGUUUGAACAGAAGAGCCUCGAACCAGCAAAGGACUCUAAGGUAUCCAAAAGGAUCCAAGAAUUGUCUGGAGACAGGCAAGUUGAUCGGUCACAAGUUCAGCAGUUGGCAUCGAGAUUGGAAACCAAACAGAAAUCAGAAACAGAGAAACCAGUUCAUUCUACGCUUACAAAGUUGAAGGAGAAGUUUGAAGCUAGUAGCAGUGGUAGUUCAAGUGGUCCGAACAUAGCAGGAAGUCAACUUUCAAAGGCCUUGGCACAAAAAGGUUAUGUAAUGGAAACCAGCAAACUGUUUGGAGGAGCAGCGGUGUUUACAUUUUCUGGCGUUCCCAAAUCAUCAUCCAAUGAAAGCUAUAAGAAUGCCGAUAGUAGUGACUCCAAAAGUGGUUCCAAUGUUCAGUCAAAAGUGCUCUUUUAUAUCAAGUUUCAAGAACAAAGAAAAGACGAAACUUUUUCUCCAAGAAGUGGCUCAGAAAAGGCAGAAGCCGAUAGUCAAAGAUUUUCAUCAGUUGCUGAACUUCGGGCUUUGUUUGGAACAGCUGGUAAACCGAAUCUUCAGAAAUUAUCAAAGAAGAAUCGUCAAGCAGAUAUUUCCACUAGAAAUAAUAAUGCAGAAGAGACUCAAAUCAAUCAGAGCGAUGAGAAGGAAGAAGAAGGGGAUGUCAUGUUGGAACAGGCCUUAUGUCGUCGCAUUCUUGGGAAGGAAGUUCGGAGAGCACUGAAAGACCUACUUUCACAGCAAAGAUUGGAUGCAUUGAAGUGCCAAGCUACGGAGAAAGAUAUUGAAGGCCGUGAAGUGAAACCUUUAAUCGAUGAGUUUCAACAAAGAAAGAUGGAUGAUAGUGAACAAGUUGGAGUUUUCACCAAUCGUAUGAGAAAGGGUAGACUUUCGAUGUCACCUGAAGUAGACAAGCUAAAAAAGAACGAAAGUAAUUACGCUGAACAAGCAAUGCAUGAAAUGGAAGACGAUAGUACAAAAGAACCGCAGCCAGAUGUUUUGGAAAGUGAUAAUGCAGAGCAAGAAGAAUCCCGUAAAGAAUGUGAUGAAAAUUACGAAAAGAAUAAUGUUGGUGACGAUGAAUAUAAUGAAGAAGGCUCUGGUUAUGGUUCCUAUGAGAUUGUAAUUGACCCUGACUUUGUAAGACGACGCAUUGAAGAGUUACAAGCAGGCGACGACGAUGAAAGCGACAGUGAAGAAGAUGAAGAUGACGAUGAACCUGUGCUUAUUAAGACCAAAUCGGGAAGAAUUGUAGUUGAUACCUCGCAGUAUCAAAAGAUGAGUGUCAGAAUGGCGAUGAGGAUUGCCUUUUAAGUGACUUUUUGAAAGCCCUUUAUGUUGUUCUGAGAACGUAAAUAUACAUACUUAAAUAAUU